CUGAGAAAGUGUCAAGAAUCUCCCGGCAGCAUCUCGAUAGCUGCACCACAGUGAAUCGGACUUCUGAGUCAAGCAGCUCAGCCCCGCAGCUGAUCAGCGUGAAUGUACAUGAGAAGCAUCACCUUAUUCCUGUAACGAGAGAACUGUUUUCUGAUAAGUGAAACUCAGCUUGUCCAAGGAAGAAUAUCCCGUGGCUGACAUAAAAGAACUUGCCUGAAUGAUGUGUCGCUGCACGAGAAAAUAACUUUGAGAAGAAUGCUUUCUAUUAAGCUGCUACAUUGUUCCUGAAGGAAAUGUUUUCAUUUCUAGUGCAUGCUAUUUCUUCAAAAGCUGUGACAACAAAGAGUGACAAGAGACUCCCUGAAUUGCUUGUACUUGGGGAAAAGACUUUGGCAAAUGUUAACACGGUGCCAGAAUGACCUUGGAAGCCUCUCGGAUGGAUUCUGCUCUGCCACAAUCGCAGUAUGUCACAGUCCAGGAUUUAAAUCCAUCUUGAUGUUUUGAGCUCACCCUCCUCCCCUAUCCCCCAAAGCUGAGGUGUGUCACUGGUGAACCAAGGCUGAUGAAGAGACCUGAGCACACUGUGGGAUGCUCAGCCCUCAUAGAGGCACUGGCACUUUCUACUGAAGCAGGUUCUGAGACACUGAUUUGCAGAGUUUAACAGAUGCUGGCCCGGGCACCUGCUUGUUGGAGCCAAAGCUACACAUUCCCUUAAUUUCAAGCCAUGAAUGAAUCCAGGUGGACUGAAUGGAGGAUCCUGAACGUGAGCAGUAGCAUUGUGAAUGUGUCCGAGCAUCACUCCUGCCCUCUUGGAUUUGGUCACUACAGUGUGGAGGAUGUCUGCAUCUUUGAGACAGUUGUCAUUGUCUUGCUGACAUUUCUGAUCAUCUCUGGGAAUUUAACCGUCAUCUUUGUCUUUCACUGUGCUCCGCUGUUACACCAUUAUACUACCAGCUACUUCAUACAGACGAUGGCAUAUGCUGACCUCCUCGUUGGAGUUACCUGCUUGGUUCCUACUCUGUCCCUUCUUCAUUACUCUACAGGUGUCCACGAGUCAUUGACCUGCCAGGUGUUUGGAUAUAUUAUUUCAGUUCUAAAAAGUGUUUCUAUGGCAUGUCUUGCUUGCAUCAGUGUGGAUCGAUAUCUUGCAAUAACCAAGCCUCUUUCCUACAAUCAACUGGUCACUCCUUGUCGCCUGAGAAUUUGCAUUAUUAUGAUUUGGAUUUACUCCUGCCUAAUUUUCUUGCCUUCCUUUUUUGGCUGGGGCAAACCUGGUUACCAUGGUGACAUUUUUGAAUGGUGUGCCACAUCUUGGCUUACCAGUGCCUAUUUUACUUGUUUUAUUGUUUGUUUACUUUAUGCUCCUGCUGCCUUGGUUGUCUGCUUCACUUACUUUCACAUUUUCAAAAUCUGCCGGCAGCACACCAAAGAGAUAAAUGACCGGAGGGCCCGAUUCCCUAGCCACGAGGUAGAUGCCUCUAGGGAAGCAGGACACAGCCCUGAUCGUCGCUACGCCAUGGUUUUAUUUAGAAUAACUAGCGUGUUUUACAUGCUAUGGCUUCCGUAUAUUAUUUACUUUCUUCUAGAAAGUUCUCGUGUCUUGGACAAUCCAACACUGUCCUUCUUAACCACCUGGCUUGCUAUAAGCAAUAGUUUCUGCAACUGUGUAAUAUACAGCCUCUCCAACAGUGUUUUCCGUCUCGGCCUCCGAAGGCUUUCUCAGACAAUGUGUACAUCUUGUGUGUGUGGGAAGGAUCAGGAAGCACGAGAUCCCAAACCUAGGAGACGGGCAAAUUCCUGCUCCAUUUGAAGAGAACUACAUAGUGAAUCAAAUGUAAUGUGUCAGUGGUUUUGGAUUGUAUUCUUGAUUCAUUUGGAAAUUUGCCCUAGGGAAAUAUUUAUGUGAAUAUUUGACCAUGAAGUGAAGAAUGAGAUUAACGAUCUUUUUUAUUUCCUUUUGUACAAGGCACAUAAAAGGGAAAGGGUGUGUGAAGAAUAACUCAUAAGAGAAUGACAGCUUGUCAGUUCAUGUUCAGUGGUUGACCCUCAUCACUGAGCUAGAAGAGGCACUUCACAUCUACAAAAUAGGAGCAAACCCCUUGGUAUCUCUCCUUCGGUGUCCUCUCUGCCUGUGUGUCUGUCUUUUAUUUAGUCUUAUUCUGUGUUCUAACUUCUUACACUUGUGGGAGUUACUAUUUGCUAAGCUUCCCUUUUUGAGAAGUGCUAGGACAUACGUGUGGGCCAAGUGUCGCCUUACCGUCAGAGUGUUGAGACAUGCCAGUCUCCAUAAGUUGUGUUGCCUUUAGAGAGGAUGCACAGUGUUGCAUUUUGUUAUUUGUCAUACAACCCCUGUGCCCACGGUCUUGUCAUCUUCUCCAUAGCACAGGUUUCUACUACAGGCAGAAAGGAGCAGAAUCUUUUUCUUCUGUACAGAGAGCCAUUUGGUUUCCUCUCCUUUUCCUCAGCUUCUGCUAUUGCUUUUUCAGUUUUUCUCCUGUCCUGUGGGACACAUUCUAGAAGUGUCUUAGCAGAUGAAAGAAUCCUCUGUAUAAGGCAGUCAAGAUGGUACAAAAGUUGUUUCUCAGACAAGGCAGUCCAGCAGCUAGGAGAUUGUAUUCAGUGGAGUUUGAAAACAUUUCUACCAGCUUGCUUUGAAGUUAGUUCGUGUGCCUAAAGUAAAGUCCUCUUGGCUAUAGUGAAGAUUUUUUUUUAAUUUUCCCUAUAAAGCCCACAAUAAUCUAAUGUAGGUGUAGAUUACUCACCAGUAAUGAUGUAGUGUUCUGUGUUCUACCCAGAAUGCCCUUUAGAAAAGCCUGACACUGCAGUGAUGUCCUAGGUCUGCGGCAAGUCACUGUCACAUCCACUACUCAUUUGUGUUGUAUGUAUUUGCAUAGUCUAUAUUUUUACAAAAAUAUGUUAUAUUACAUGAUCUGUGCCUAAUGUUUUCUUAGCACAAUUCGUAUAUCAAUGUUGUUUAGGGUGUCAAGAUUGGAAAACAUAUAUAUGGACUAACUUUAAAAUGAAAAUACUUUGGUGUCAUUGUUAUUCAGAUAUUUAUAUUAGAUGAAGCUGCAUUCCUAGUGUUCUGGGAAUGUAGUAUACUUAUAAAAAGCAUUUAGAUAUGUCAGUAUUUUGUUUUUUAAUGGUCUGUUUUCAAAUGCAGAGAAGAACUCACUUUUUAGUGUGCUACCUAAGGGUCACAAUAAGUUGGGGGUUUAGGUUCAGCCAUAGUAAAGCGGAUGCGAGCAGAGCAGUUUAUGUUCUUACCCUAAGUUCUUGAUGGGAAGAGGUUGAAAAUUUCUACCACAUUGCCGAGGAUCUUUCUUCCUCGCACUUGAGACUUUCGUGUUCUAUGAAAAGUAUUUAAUGAAGCGUGCCUAAGACUCUGAUACCGAAGCCAACCAUGUCUGCACACUGGUGUUUGACUUCAGAAGUCUGGUAAAGAAAUGUUGUCACUUUAUUACGGUUGUUCUGAACCCCUGUAUAUUUUUUAAAUAUGUAAGAAAGGUUUAAAAUAAAGAAUAAAAUAGUAUUCCAUAUAUCAAA